UUGCAAAUGAUGCCUUGCAAACAUCAUACAUCUCAUUACUUCCAAACAAAUAUCCGGAUGGGGUGGGUGUGUGCAGUCGAUUUCACUUGAACGCCAGCUCACCGAGGUUCAAGUCCACCGAUAUAAUUCUGUCAAGCUGCUUUUAGCAUAACAACUCUCGGAAUGAGUUUUUCUCGCCUGUACACAUCAUUGGCAUCCGGACUCGGAGUAUCCCGGAGAAUCCAAGGACUGAAGAAGAGCAUCUGGUCACAAACCUGGUUGCAGACGGACUCCGGAGUGGCCGACCUUGGCCAAGGAUUCCCGGACACGGAGGUGCCAUCGCUAAUCACGGAGGCCCUGGUGAAGACCGCCUCUGUCAACUGGAUGAACCAGUACACCAGGGGGGCUGGGCACCCAUCGUUGGUGAAGGCACUCUCUCUGGUUUACGGAAAGGUGUACGGGCGCCCCGUCGACCCGCUCAAGGAAAUCCUGGUAACAGUGGGCGGCUCCGGUUCCUUGUUCAGCGCCAUGCAGGCUCUGGUGGAGGAGGGCGAUGAGGUCAUCAUCAUAGAACCCUUCUUUGACAGCUACGUGCCCAUGGUCCGCAUGGCUGGGGGCAAACCUGUGCUCAUACCUCUUCGACCUAAAUCUGGGCAGAGAACUACCUCCAGCGCUGACUGGUUCCUGGACCCAGAGGAGCUGGCCAGUAAAUUCAACUCCAAGACCAAGGCCAUCCUCAUCAACACCCCCCACAACCCCAUCGGAAAGGUCUUCACCAAAGAUGAGCUGCAGAUGAUCGCCGACUUGUGCGUCAAGCAUGACACGCUGUGCUUCAGCGACGAGGUCUAUGAGUGGAUGGUCUAUCGUGGGCAGCAGCACCAUAAAAUUGCCACUUUUCCAGGAAUGUGGGAUCGAACCAUCACCAUUGGCAGCGCUGGGAAGACCUUCAGCAUCACCGGAUGGAGGCUCGGUUGGUCCAUCGGACCAGAACACCUGAUCAAGCAUCUCGAGACCGUCGUGCAGCACGUGUUGGUCAGCUGCCCCACCCCAUUGCAGGAGGCGCUAGCGGAAGCGCUACUGCGCUAUUACGAGCUGAUGGGUCAGCCCGAGUGCUUCUUCAAGGCCAUGGCCAACGAGCUGCAGGGGAAGCGGGACCGAAUGGCAGCCAUGCUACAGACGGCCGGGUUGUUCCCUGUCAUUCCCGAGGGAGGUCUCUUCAUAAUGGCGGACGUGUCAGCGCUCUCUAAAGACCUGCCACGUGGCAACGAUGGCAAGGAUGAAUCCUACGACUACAAGUUUGCAAAAUGGAUGAUUCAAGAAAAGAAACUGUUGGGCAUUCCCGUGACAGCGUUUGCUCGUGAGGAUUCCACUUCGGCCUUUGACAAGUAUAUUCGAUUUUGCUUCUUCAAGCGUGAUGAUACUCUGGAUGCGGCUGAGCGCAUCCUGAAAAAGUGGAAGUCAACCAGAAGCAAUGCCUAAAUACGACCAAUAUCAAUUAUCAGUAAACUCUCUCAAAGCUGUUUUCUUUUUUCUUUUUUUAAAAUAACUUAAGGAAAUAAACUAUAGUUAUUCGUA